CGCAGACAGAAACCACAUUAUAUAAAGCACACUACUAUUGCAAAUUUGCAACUCAGCCGACCUCAACCUCUUUCCUUCAACUAUCCUUCCCUCACUCAUAAACCCUAGCUUGAUUCAUUUCUCCCCCAACUUCUGCACAUCAAUCUUCAUUCGUUUAAACGAUGUCUGAUGAUGAGCGGGAGGAGAAGGAGCUGGAUCUCACCUCUCCUGAAGUCGUCACCAAAUACAAAUCCGCCGCUGAAAUUGUUAACAAGGCACUGCAAUUAGUGUUGUCUGAAUGCAAACCAAAGGCUAAGAUUGUUGACCUUUGUGAGAAAGGAGAUACUUUCAUCAGAGAACAAACUGCCAACAUGUACAAAAAUGUGAAAAAGAAGAUUGAAAAGGGCAUAGGUUUCCCAACCUGCAUAUCAGUGAACAAUACGGUUUGUCAUUUCUCGCCGUUGGCCAGCAAUGAGUCUGUUUUGGAAGCAGGAGAUAUCAUAAAAAUUGAUAUGGGAUGUCACAUUGAUGGUUUUAUAGCUGUAGUUGCGCACACCCAUGUACUUCAGGAUGGACCUGUUACCGGCAGGGCAGCUGAUGUUAUUGCUGCUGCUAAUACUGCUGCAGAAGUUGCUCUGAGGCUUGUGAGACCAGGGAAAAAGAACAAAGAUGUAUCGGAAGCAAUUCAGAAAGUUGCUGCUGCUUAUGACUGCAAGAUUGUUGAAGGAGUUUUGAGUCAUCAAAUGAAGCAAUAUGUUAUUGAUGCGAACAAGGUAGUUUUAAAUGUCCCAGGCCCUGAUACAAGAGUUGACGAUGCAGAAUUUGAGGAGAAUGAGGUAUAUGCCAUUGACAUUGUAACAAGUACUGGUGAAGGCAAGCCAAAAUUGUUGGAUGAGAGGGAGACAACGAUAUAUAAGAGAGCAGUUGACAAAAAUUAUCACCUAAAAAUGAAAGCUUCUCGGUUCAUCUUUAGUGAGAUUAGUCAGAAGUUCCCCAUCAUGCCAUUUUCUGCUAGGGCUUUGGAUGAGAAGCGUGCUCGUUUGGGUCUUGUAGAAUGUACGAAUCAUGACCUCUUACAGCCAUAUCCUGUACUUCAUGAGAAGCCUGGUGAUCUGGUUGCUCACAUCAAGUUCACAGUUUUGCUAAUGCCAAAUGGGUCCGAUCGGGUCACGUCUCAUCCACUGCAGGAAUUGCAGCCCACUAAAACAGUGGAUGAUCCUGAUGUCAAAGCCUGGCUUGCAUUGGGGACCAAGACAAAGAAGAAGGGUGGUGGCAAGAAGAAGAAAGGCAAGAAGGGAGAUAAAACUGAAGAAACAACUGAUGCUGCUGUGCCUAUGGAUGAGACAACCAACGGUGCUGCUGCUUAAGCUAUCAAGACAUGCGAUAAAUCUGAAUAUAGAGUUGUUGCUGAGCCAUUGGAUGUGCAGCAACAACGACUCAGCUCCACGAGAAGAAAGAGGAGAAAGGUCUUGUUUUCAUUUAUCUAUCUAACCAUGGAAUGAAAUUUUGGCCUCUCCAACUGUACUUGGUUGCUUUUAGUCAUGAAUGUGAAAAAUCUACUUGAGAUGCUUUGAAAUGUCUUUAUUUGCACA